GCCAUGCUUGAGCUUCCUUUAAGCUUAAGCGGAACCAGAAUGGUGCCAAAACUUGUGGUUCUGUAUUUGUUCCUCUGUUUGGCUAAUAUAAGCUUAUGCGAGGCCAGAAUCAGACAUUACAAAUGGGAUGUGAAGUAUGAGUACAAGUCUCCUGAUUGCUUUAAGAAGCUUGUUAUCACCAUUAAUGGCAGAACUCCUGGACCCACCAUCCUCGCUCAGGAAGGUGAUACUAUCAUUGUUCAACUUAACAACAGUUUGUUCACAGAAAACCUUGCCAUUCACUGGCACGGGAUUCAUCAGCAUGGAACUCCUUGGUUCGAUGGUACAGAAGGGGUGACUCAGUGUCCUAUACUGCCUGGAGACACAUUCAAGUACCAGUUUGUUGUUGACAGACCUGGGACGUAUCUGUACCAUGCACACUACGGAAUGCAAAGAGAAGCUGGAUUGUAUGGAAUGAUCCGAGUGUCACCUCGUGAUCCUGAACCCUUUACUUAUGACUAUGAACAAAGCAUUAUUCUUAAUGAUUGGUAUCACCGAAGUACCAACGAACAAGCCACGGGAUUGUCGUCAAAAACUUUUGUCUGGGUGGGAGAUCCUCAGUCACUUUUGAUCCAAGGAAAAGGAAGAUUCGACUGCUCUAAACUCACAGCUCCAAGCUUAGACGCUGGACUCUGCAACUUAUCAAACCCAGAAUGUUCUACCUAUGUACAGACAGUGAUCCCUGGAAAAACUUAUCGCCUCAGAGUUGCUAGCUUGACUGCUUUAUCAGCACUCAGUUUUCAGAUUGAGGGCCACAACAUGACUGUAGUGGAAGCGGAUGGCCACUACGUUGAGCCUUUUGUCGUUCAAAACCUGUUCUUGUAUUCUGGAGAGACAUACUCUGUUCUUGUGAAAGCAGAUCGAGACCGUUCCAGGAAUUACUGGAUCACUUCCAAUGUUGUUAGCAGAAACAGAACCACCCCACCUGGUCUGGGCAUUUUCAAUUACUAUCCCAACCAUCCACGGCGGUCCCCUCCGUCAACUCCGCCGUCUCCCCCGGCUUGGGAUGACGUUGAACCCCGGUUGGCUCAAAGCCUCGCCAUUAAAGCUCGCUCAGGCAGCGUAAUCCAACCACCGCCAACCUCAGAUAGAGUCAUAGUGUUGCUCAACACGCAGAAUACAAUAGAUGGUUAUCGACGUUGGUCGGUGAACAAUGUGUCGCUCACUCUUCCUCGCACCCCUUUCCUCGUUGCCCUCAAACACAACAUCACCGACGCUUUCGAUCAGACCCCACCUCCUGAUGGCUACGAUUCUCUUGGAUAUGACAUCUUCAAAGUGGCUAACAACACGAACGCCACUUCUAACAAUGGGAUUUACAGGCUAAAGUUCAACACGACGGUUGAUAUUGUACUUCAGAAUGCCAACACCAUGAAUAAAAAUAACAGUGAGACGCAUCCAUGGCAUCUUCACGGGCACGACUUUUGGGUUCUGGGGUAUGGGAAGGGUAAGUUUGAUGUAAACAGAGACCCAAAGAAAUACAAUUUGGUGAAUCCGAUAAUGAAGAACACGGUGGCAGUGCAUCCGUAUGGAUGGACAGCUUUGAGGUUUAGGACGGAGAAUCCAGGAGUGUGGACAUUUCAUUGCCAUAUAGAAGCUCAUUUCUAUAUGGGGAUGGGUGUGAUUUUUGAAGAAGGAAUUGAGAGGGUGGGAAAGCUGCCUUCUUCCAUCAUGGGCUGUGGUAGAACCAGAGGCUUUCGCAGUAAUAAUACUCCUUGAUAGAUUCUACUUCAUGUUGAAGGACGCACCAGCUAAUUUAGACUAAUUGUAAACAAUGAGUUGUCUUAGCAGUAGCCGUGAAAUUUGGCAUUGACAUAUUUGUAUUUGUGCAUGCGAUUAUGUACAUCUCUCCUCCCUAUCAAAAAAAGGGUUUCUUUUUUUAGGGCUAACUUUUUUUUUUUUUUAAUAAGGAAACUAUAUUAAACUAGUUUAGGAGAGGAGAGGAGAGGAUUGGAGAUAAAAUGGGGAGAGCAGGCAACCACU